AUGGUUCUCGCACAACCCCCAAACCAGCAUGUUAUGAAGGCAUUCGACCUCACGGGCAAGGUCGCAGUUGUGACUGGAGGCGCCCGUGGAAUUGGUCUUGAAGUCGCCUUGAUCUAUUACACAUUCGAUGCCGCUGAUGCAGUCGCAUCCGAGAUUGCAUCUACUAACAACGUACGCGCAGCAGCGUAUAAAGCCAAUGUUGCCGUCCAGUCUGAGAUCGAGGCGGUUGUGCAGCAGGUCGCGAAGGAUUUCGGGAAGCUUGAUAUCAUGGUCGUCAACUCUGGGAUUGCCUCGAACACUGCCGCCGAAGACUACACCCCCGAUCAAUGGCACGAGAUCAUGAAGGUCAAUCUUGAUGGUGCUUUCUAUUCUGCCCAAGCUGCCGGCCGGAUCUUCAAGUCACAGGGUCAUGGAAAUGUUAUAUUCACGGCCUCUGCCAGCGCGACUCUGGUCAAUCUUCCACAGAAGCAAUCGGCGUACAAUGCGUCUAAGGCAGGAGUUGUUCAGCUCGCCAAGUGCUUGUCUGUCGAGUGGGUUGACUACUGCCGAGUCAAUUGCAUCUCCCCUGGAUACAUCGCUACCGAAAUUCUGUUCACCUUUCCCAAAGAAUGGCGCGACAAGUGGCUAGACUUGAUCCCCGCCAAGAGAAUGGCCGAAUCUUAUGAGUUGAAGGGGGCCUACGUGUUCUGCGCUUCAGAUGCGUCUAGCUAUAUGACAGGUGCAAACCUCAUUAUUGAUGGAGGAUACACUUUGCCUUAG